UCGUAAGAAUAUUAUUGCUAUUUGUGAGUCUGUAUGUAAAUAUUGAUUAUUUAAGACUUUAUCACGAUACGAUUUUUCAAGGCUAAGGCUGAGAUAUGAUAUUCCAUUAACCAUUCAGUCAGUAUUCGCUACAAGUGUAGAUAUUUUACUAGAUCUAUGCAAAAAAAAAACAUUUUCUCGUGUCUAUUAAAAUUACGAAAAAUGAUUACUGAGUCACGAUUUAAGUGAAUUUCCCGCGUGAGUACGGUGUAUUAAUGACGUGUUUUAAGUACUUUUAGUUGAUUGUGGAACUGUUAUAGUGAAGACGUGUUAGUUGCAAGUUUUGAAAUAAAAACAUGGAUAAAGUAAAGCUGUUCUGGUCUAAAACUAACCGGUGGCAUAGAGGUCUAUUCAUCCUACUGCUGGUGGAAUUGAGAGUGUUUCCAGGCGGUCAGUUGGGGUUCCAAUGCAAUGACCCCGCGCUCUCACAUCCUUUCAAUGGAGACACCAUCAGCUGGAAGUGGCUGCUAGCGACGUCGAUAUUCGUACCUUUAAUUGUUAUGUUAAUAGUAGAACGAAAGUACCACAAUGAGAAGCCGCCAAAGUCCAAGCUGGCUGUGGAGUGGUUCAAGGAGUAUCUCUAUGGGUUGCUGGUCAACCUCCUUAUAGUGCAGACCCUCAAACUUAUCGUUGGCUCACCACGGCCACAUUUCUUUGACACUUGCAGUCCGAACGAGGCACAGACUUGUCAAGAGUCUGAAUACGUGGCGAGCUACACAUGUACAAAAGCGCAUUGGAUCAGUCAGUCGGACACGAGCUUUCCUUCAGGACACACGUCUCUUGCAGUACACGCUGGCGUUUUUCUAGCUUACUACCUCCACCGUCGUACGAGUAUGACGUACAAAGUGCUAGUCUUCCAAGUGAUCUUCGUGAGCACGGCUGUAGUAUGUAGUGUGUCGAGAAUGACGGACCAUAGACACCACUGGUGGGAUGUACUGGCGGGGGCAUUAAUAGCUGUGCCUGUACUGUUUUAUACCAUUCGUUCCCUGUGCAACAACUUCGAGUGUUCAAGCAACAGUUCGACCCCAGACGCUCCGAUAAGUGUUGAAACUAAAAUAGUUAAUAUACCUUUAAUAAACGCGAAAGAAACAUAAUUAUUAUAUUUCAUAAAUUAGAUAAAUAAAUUCUUAUAAACGGUGACAAACUAUAAUGUACCUUAACUAUAAGGCUGUAAGAUUGAAAGUUGCACGUUAAUAGAUAAUUUGAAUUUAGAAUUUGUAUUGAAGUUUGAAUUGGAAUUUGAAGCGUGUAAUUCGAAUUGAGAAUUAAUUGCAAUUUAGGAAUAUGUGCGUUAAUGUAAAGAAAUAAAGUUUUAAUUUCAAUGAAGAAGGAAAUCGCGCUAUUUAAUGUACAUAAGUGAAAAUCAUAUAGUUAUUGUUUUAACUUCAACUCAAGCAAUUCACAACUUUAUAAUUGACACAGUAAAGUAUAUAUUACUAUGAUGAACGCUAAAAAUAAUAAAAAUAUGUAAUGUAAUAUAUGAAACUGCAAGCGUUAGUUUAUUGUUGGAUUGUAAAUCUUAUGGCUAUAUGUGUUAAAGUCUCUUUUGGAAUUUGAAAUAUUUUGUCAUACUAUGUUAUUGAAGCUAAUCAAAUACAUAGGUAAUUUGACCGACUAAGUACAUUAAAUUUUAAUACUAUCUUGUAUUAAAGGACUGGACAACUAGUCAAACUCAGUACUUUUUUAUAAAAUAUCAAUAUAAGUACUUUUCUACGAUUUUUGUAAGGAAUUACUUACGUAAUGAAUUUGAGUAAUGACGGCAUAUAAUUUUAAUUGUCUACAUAGCAUAACAUAACAUCACGCCUUUGUAUCCCCGAAGGGGUAGGCAGAGGUGCUC